AUGGAUCCUGUAGCGCUGCAUUCCGACGAUCCGCGGCUGCUCGGCCGCCGCAGCGCCGGAGGGCCGAAAGAAACAGAGAAGCCUCGCCCGGAGGAGCCGUUGCUACGUCCGGGGAGGGCCAAAGUCGUGCAGGAGGUGAAGGUGCGAGCUGCCAAAAGCAAGGAGGCAGAGAUCGUGGGGCUUCUGAGGGAGGGCAUGUUCGUGACCAUCCACGAGGUGUGCACCAAGUCAGCGCACGUGGAAUAUUCGGUGACCGGGCUGACCGGCUGGGUCACCUUGAGCAAGAACUCGGAGCCGGUACUUAAGGAGGAUCCCUGGGCGCGACCUUUCGUGAAGAAGGCACCCAGAGCUUCGGAGGCACCCUUAGAGCCCUGCGAGAAAGUCUUCACAAAACCAGCUGCCUUGGGCCCUGUCACGAAAGCCACGGGCGGUUGUGCGGGGGAUCACCGCAGCCUGCCUCCGUCGGCGUGGGAGAGGAUCCAUCAGAAGUUUCAGCAAACUGCGACGUCCUUUACGACUCCAAGUUCAAAGGUUCAGCGUGGCGAAGCCAUAGCAGGCAUAGCCGACUGGAGUGGCGAUCAUCGCAGCCUGCCUGCGUCGGCGUGGGAGAGGAUCCAUCAGAAGUUUCAGCAAACUGCGACGUCCUUUACGUCUCCAAGUUCAAAGGGUCAGCGUGGCGAAGCCAUAGGAGGCAGAGCCGACUGGAGUGGCGAUCAUCGCAGCCUGCCUGCGUCGGCGUGGGAGAGGAUCCAUGAGGCGUUUGACAGUCCACGUCGUCCCGAGUCCGCAGCCGCAUCCGGCUGGUGGAUGGCUUUUUGGCAGCAAGCUACUCGCGAUCUUUGCUGCAGCCGGUGA